CCACUGUGGCUCUAUUUCGGGACUCUGUGUUGUUGGAAAGGUCAGAUAAAGAAGCCUAGGAAUCCUCACAAAGCAGAGGGUGGGGGUGUCGGGUGAAGGCGGACAUCCACAAACCAACGCUCACACACUCACACAGAGGACAGAGACGGGGGAGACAGGGACAGGAAAGUGAGGUCGAGUAGUGAGAGGAAGAGAGUGAGAGAUUAAGCAGGGUUGCUGUGAAGAGGAUUCACCUUCGGCUAAAUGAAAAGCUGUAGAGAAGACAGGGGAUCAUUUAGUCCUGGGGUUUAAAAGAAAAUCCAUUAUUGAAAUAAACAUAUCUGCACAUCAUGGAUGGAGAAUCACCGAGCCAGGAGACGUCUGAGGCAACAGAGACGACUAAUCAGAGUGACACCAACAACAAUAACAACCGGACCGAUGAGCCAGAGCCAGAGGGGAAUAGAGACACAGCGAUGGAGCGCUCAGAUAUGGAGACAGCAGAAGAUCAAGGGUCAAUGGAGGAUACAGUUCCACAAAAGAAAGGAGGUGAUGAGGAGGAGGCCAGUGCUGAAGACACGGACAAACCCCAGACAAUAACAAAGUCUGAAGAGGGUGACGCUGAACCAGAUAAAGACCAAGCAUCUACUGAUGUGAAGGACCCAGAAGUGAUAAACAGAGAAAAAGAAGAGGAGGGAGACGUGGAAAGAAAUAAGAAAGGAGCACAGCAGGUGGAAGAGGUCAAGACCGAGAAAGACGGAGAGGAGCUAAAGGACAAAGAAGAGGAGAAGAGUAAAACGGGGGAAAAGGCAAAGGAAGAGGAGACAGAUGUGAGUGGGAAAGCAGCAAAGGAAGCAGAGAAGAAAAAAACUGUCAAAGAAGCAGAGGUAGAGACGAAAGACAAAGGAAAGAUAAAAGAAGUAGAAAAGCAAGGGAAGCCCAAGAGAAAGAGUGGAGCUGCUUCCUCCUCUGUCUCCAGACCGAGGCCCUCUGCACGCUCUGUUAGAGCAACCACUAAAAAAACCAUAAUAGCUAAGUUUGAACAAGGUUCACCAGAGACACCGGUACCACGCAACUUCAAAAUUCAGAGAUCGUCUGCAGCCGUGGCCACAGGAGCUUCAAUCAAACAGAAGAUGCUUCAGUGGUGCCGCAACAAAACCCGAAACCAUGAGGGCGUCAACAUAGAAAACUUCUCAUCGUCUUGGUGCGACGGGAUGGCUUUCUGUGCUCUGAUCCACCGUUUCUUUCCAGAUGCUUUUGACUACAGCUCCCUCAGUCCAAAGGAGAGGGAGAAAAACUUCACUCUGGCCUUCCAAACUGCUGAGUCACUGGCUGACUGCUGCCCCCUGCUGGAAGUGUCUGACAUGCUCAUGAUGGGUAACCACCCCGACCCCAUGUGUGUGUUCACAUAUGUCCAGUCCCUCUGCCACAGUCUGUCCAAAAUAGAGAAAGAGAGGAAGGACAAAGAAAAGGAGGAGAAAGAGAAGUCUAGUAAUGAGGGAGAGGAGAAAGAUAAAGGAGAUGAUGUAGCAGGAGAGGUGUUGACGGAGAAGGAUGGAGACAAGUCUGCUGACAACGGAAGGGUGGAUGGCCCAGCGGAAAAAGAGGGUGAAAGUGCUGAGCCAGAGGUGACUGGCGAGGAGGAGGAGGAUGCUCUGAAAAGCUGCGAGGUGGUGAAAGGUGGAGGAGCAUUAGUGGAGGCAGAGUCGUAGAAAAACACUGACAUCGAACAAAAGACUGAGAAGACCAAAAGGAUUGUUGAUGGUUGAGGUUCUAUGACAAGUAAGUCUUAGUUUGGUGUUGGACUGAGAAACAUCCACACAGAUUCUGGCAUUGUGAUGUUACAGUCAGCUGUAUGAUUGAAAGUUGUUUUUUUAUUUAACUGUUGUUUGAGCACAUAAAGUAGAACAUGUAAUGAUUGUAUUUGUUGUGUGUUUAUAUAAAGUAAUAAAUUAAAUCAUGGACUUGUGACUUUUGAUGUAACAAUGAAAACUUUGUGUUGUGUUACUCUACCAAGAUAAGUGAAUUAUGAAGAACAUGAUAGAUGUGGUCUUCACAACUCCAAAGGGUUAUCUGUUCCACCGGAUUGACUUUAAAUAGUAUUUCAUAGAACAUCAAUUAUAUUACACCUUAUAGAGACAUAAACUGUAUUAUAAAGAUGGACGAAAUGACUGCACCCAAAAGUGAAGCCAAAGCCUCCUGUUCACCGCCAAUUUGUGUGAGCAAGGGGGGUGAAUAAAACAUUUGCCUUCUGUGACAAGGAAAAUCAAAGCUUGAUUCAUGUGGAAUCAAGUUACCACUUCUGUCAUUAAAUUUGUCGCACACAUCAUACUGUCCAAUUUGUUAUUACGAACCACGUAAACAUUGUUCCUAUGCAACUGGAACACUAUCAACUUGGGUUAUUCAGGUGUGAUGUCAUUCCUUGGACCGAGCUCCGAGGUAUAACGGAACGUGGCAUUAUUACCUCGUGACCAUUGCUUGGUCAUCUCGUUCCCACAACUCAUUACCUCAUGGACACGACUUAGCUAUCUCGUUCCCACCAUUCCCACGCCUUAUUUCCUCGAGGACAGGAGUUAGUUAUCUCGUUCCCACACCUUAAUAUGUAGGCCAGAUAGUGACAUUUCUUCACCCGUGUCAGCACGGUGAGAACCAGAGAGCCUGUGAUGGGGGUCAAAGGUUAAAGGUGCUGGACGGUAAAUGAAUCAGUGACCUUGUCAAUUCAGAGGCCACGAUCUUGGAAAUUGGGAUGUCCCUGCUCUCGAGUAAUUACGGUAAUCGCCGUCAUGCUACCGGAAAGGCCUCCGUGCUGUCCUCUUUGUGGAGGCUCUCCCUCCCUCCGUGUCGCUCUGCUUUCCAUCGGACUUCUCGGCGGCGGAGGACGGAAACAUGUGCACGAACAUGCGGCCGGACAGCCUGAACCUGGAGUCCCAGCUUCUGUCCAUCAUGGACGUGCUGGUGAAGGCGGCGGUGGCCGAAAUCAGUCAGCUGUUCUCGGAGAGCGCGGCGUCUCUCCGCCUGCACCUCACCCAGAGCCUGAAGGAGAACGAGGCGCUGAGGAUGAGGAUGAAGGUGACGAGGAGCGAGCUGUUCUCCCUCCGGCUGCAGACCAGGAGCAACCGACCGGCGAGCCGCUUCUCCUCGAUCCGAGGAAACGCCCCCAAACCGCGGAGCAGAU